CCGACCCUGACAAAGAUGGCCCCUCUGUCCCUCACGGCCGAUCCUCACAGAUCAAUCACGCGGCUAGCCUACCGGUGCUCCUCUGAGGGCCCGAGCUCCAGCAGAGUGGGCCCCAGGCCCCCAGUUCCCAAUUCCCAUCGUCCAAGGGCCCACGGCGCACUCUCCACUCCACUCCCCUCGGCGGUCGGCGCUCUGUCCACCCCAGUGAAGGCCGCGGCGUCACGGUCGCGGCCGAUCCUCCCGCCGCCGGCUGGCCUGCGAGCCAGGGCCCCCUCCUGUGCAUGUCAUCCGGGAUCCGCCGCUCGUUCCAUGGUUUCGACUCGCCGCUCAGCACGGAGGGGCGGCAACGGCCCACUCGCGGCCGACGGAGCGCCAUCCGAGCUCGCCCCCGACGCCCCUCCGCCGCCCUCCGUUCGCCGCCGGCAGUCGCGCGAUGCUUCGCCUCCAGGGUGGCCCGGCCGAGCUAGGGAGAAAGCCAGCUUUGUUAUCUCUAACGAUGACAAACUGAAGCAGCCUGUGGGGGCAGAUAAACAGGACAGGCAAGGGAGGGACAUUGUGGUGGUCGAGGAACCAGAUGAGAUGGAUGAAGAUUCGAGGUCACUGGAGGAGCCACCAGGCUGGCUUCCUGAUGGUUGGAUCAUGGAGGUUUGCCGUGAUGAUGACAGCUCCAUCUACCGUCACUACACUUCCCCAGUGUCCGGAUACACAUUCACAUCAAAGAUGGAGACAAUAGAAUAUCUUUUCUCAGGGAUGGAAGAACGUAUGCUGGAGUCACAGGAAAGAAUUGAGGACAAUGAGCUUCAUGGUUCUCAUACAUGGCUUCCAGGUGGGUGGUUAAUUGAGGUCAGAGCUGGUGGGAAGAAAAUGGAUAAAAUGUACAAGUUCUAUUUUCACCCGCCUAGUGGUAUGCGAUUCUUGUCAAAAGGAGAAGUGUUGCGCUAUGUUAAUGAGGGGAAGAUUUCUGCAUGUGAUAUGGAUCUGCUGUGUGACACAAGCACUGAUGAUAAUAUACUUGCACUUGUGGAAUUCAGUCCAGAUGGUCUACCAGAUGGAUGGGUGAAAGAAACGAUAUUUAGAAAGUGCAAUGAUGGAAUAAGAAAAGACCCGUAUUACACCGAUCCUAUUAGUCAUCGUGUAUUUCGUACGCUUAAGUCUGUAUUGAGCUACCUUGGCACUGGAGAAAUAUCUAAGCAUGCCUAUUUACCAAGGAGAAAUGUCAUUGACAUGUAUUCAUUUGACAAGUGUGCAGAUCUGCCUCAAAGUAUGCUGAAAAGACUAAAAGCAGAAGGACAAACAAAGCACAAAUCGAGGAGAGCACUGGUUUUGAACAAGGAAUUACCUAAUGACCAGACUUCAAAUCACUCUCUAUACAGGAUAAUGAGGUGGUUACAUUGCUUGGGAUGCAGUACUGCUGAAGGUGGGUUAACUCCAAAGUCUGAUCCCAAAGGAAAUAAGUUUGGCAAUGAGAAAGGUACAAGCACACAUGAAAUUGGUUCAGAGACUACCAUACGACGAAGAGGGAGGCCAAAGAAAAUCUUGAAGCAAACGAAUGAAAGUAUUUCAGACCGUGACAGGAGACAUAAUGAGACAAAGCACAAUGAGGUGAAAGAGGAAGUGGAUAUUGGUGUUGAGGAAGGCAUGCCGAAUGGGAAGACUAAAGAGCAUACUGAGAUGUUGGAGUGCACUACAGUAAUCCAGGAAUUGGAAAAUAAUAGCAGCAUAGCAGAAAGGAACUUGUCGAGAAGGAAGGGAGACGAAUCAGAUUUGGUGGCUUGCCCCGGUUUGGAGAGCCAAGAGAAUGGCAGAUUGACUAAAGCUGGUGAGAAGGCAACAUGCACCUCAGUUUACAAAUUUUACAAGAGGAGAUGUAGCAACCAGAUGCUUGGUUCGAAUAAAGGAUAAAUUAGAUCAAGUUGCCUGGUGAGUUUGGAUCUAGUCUCCAAAAGAUCAACCAGCUGAUAGUUGGUCCGAGAAAAUAUCCGAAAUUGCCAACAACUGAACGCAUAUAUCAAAAACAAUCAACUAGGGCCUUAUUCUGGGGACAAAAUUUCAACCAAAGUUGAUCUAUGUGUCCAGCUUUUCCUCAUUUCCUUUCAUUAUCGGGGGUGUGAAGCAAAAAUAAAUGAAAUAAUCCAUUUGAUUCUUUGUAUCUGGGAACUGAUUACUGCAUAAAGCAAGCAGGAUGUAAGAAUUGAUAGCAGGGACAUCGAGGAAUUUAUUAAAUGUAAGAAAGUUCCUUUUGCCUUGAGACAGGCGCGUUUGUGGAUCUGUCCAUAGAGACUUUAACUUGUGUACCCUUAUGUAAAGUCUCUUGACCUCCAUACAUCUAAACAAAGGCUCGCACAUGUAUGCCUUGCCGUCAA